CCCGUGGCGGUGCGGUGCGGUGCGGUGGAGUUCCAUCGAAACGAUCCACGAAACGAGAGCCUGUCAGAAUCCCACCGGGGGACCGAGAAACAACAAUUUCCUCGUCGAUGCGAGUUGGUAGAACUCGUGCUUUCAUCAAUACCCUGCCGUGCGAKUGCUUCCCCMGGAGGUGCGCAUUGCUGUCUGAGAGGAUCGUUCCGUUCCAUCCCAGCAACACACUCCCAAGCCAGUCGCCAGUCGGAAACCAACGACGCAAGCAAAGAAUUCGUUGUUGCGUCGAAUCGCAUCGCAUCGAAUCGCAUCGCACCGGAACAGAAACGAACAACAAGGAACAGAAACGAAUCAAAACGGCACAGAACGGAGCGACCGAUUCGCUGAUCGAAAAGAUCCAUCGAGCCCUCGAUGGUGGAAAUGAGCUCGAGGUUUGCCCUCCCGCCCGUGAUCCAGAGGUUCGGGAGGUGCGGGAGGCCGGAGCCCCUGCCGCCGAAACCCGGAGGAGAGGCGAGCCCGGAACAGACCGCCGGGGAGCGGCCGGGCAGCGACCAGCAACAGCGGAAGCAUCCCCCGGCGUUCCCCGGGGCCGCCCGCGACGCAAAGGGARCCGGGGAGCGGGUCCGGACCUUUGUCCACGGGAUCGUCUCGCCCUUCGCGGCGUGCUGGCAGCCCUCGGUGGCGGGGACCUGCGGGACCUGCGAGCCGACCGAGAAGGCCUUCGAGGCCAAGCCGGCCCUCGUGACGCCCCUGGCGGGCCGCCGCCGCCCGGGRACGGAAGCRGCGGGAGCCACCGAGCGCGAGYUCGAGGCCUAUCGCUACCCCCGGUACCCCCACCCCCGGUACCCCCAUCCGCGGUCGCCCGGCCGGUAUCCCGUCCAUCCUCACCAGCAGCAGCAGCAGCAGCAGCAGUACCAGCAGCACCCACACCAGCAGUACCACCACCCCCCGCAGCACUACUACCCCCCGCCGAGUGCCCCCGGAGUUCCAAUAGCACCGGAGGCUUCUCCCCGGAAGAGAGACGAGGAGGCCGUCGGGUCGUCGGUGGYGUCCACGACGCACCUGACUCCCUCCGAAAAGAAGAGGCGGUGCAACGACGUCCCCAAGCCCAGGUCCAACGACAUUCUCUGCGGCCGAGGGGGGUCCAGCAACCGGCACCUGGGAAACAUACACUUUCGGGAGCUGGUGGCGGCCAACAAGCAGGUCUACGUCGGACUCACCAAGAAGCAAAAGAUGCUCGUCGCCAGGAAAAUCGUCGACGCCGUCCACAAAACGGGAGGGAGGUUCCUGGCCAAGGACAUGGACACGGGGUUGUUCUACGACAUUGGGCUGCCCCGAAGCCUGGAAAAGACAUCGCAAGGUGAGUGCUACAGAUGAUUGUUGUGCCCAUGGUUCGUUUGGGAGUGGUUGGUGCCUUCUUUUGGCUCGCGCUUACCGAUUGCUCACCUAUGGUUCCCCUUCGUUCGUUGUUGGUUUGCGAUUCUUUUCUGUACACCGAUCACCGUUCAGCCCUGAGGGAGAAACACUCCAACGAGAUGCCGGUUCCGUCCGUGGAAAGCGAAGGGAUCGAAGCAAGCGUCGAGUCCUACAACAGCACGGUGAAAAACGGCACCGCUGCGGCUGCGGCUUCGGCUGCGACUUCGACUUCCACCGCGAGCGAGAGCAGCGAGGGCAAACAAACCGCGGGGGAGUCGCCCGUCGCGUCGUCUCCUUCCAAGGGUUCCUCCAAGGGUUCCUCCAAGGGUUCCUCCAAGGGUUCCUCCAAGAAUUCCAAGAAUUCCGAAGCUCCGUCGCUGAUCAUUCCGCCCCACCUGGCAAAGAUCUUUGGUCCGAAGCGGUCGCUUUCCGAGGAACGAGACCGGGACACCCGGUACCACCACCAUCACAACCAGCAGCUCUCGCUGUCUCCCGGRAGGCACCACGGCCCGGAUCCACCCCGCGACGGGUAUUACUACUCCUAUCCACCCUCGCCCUACCACGGGAUGCCCCCCGGAUCGCCCCCGUCCCGCUACCAGCCCUACCCCGCCGCGCCGCGAUCCCACCAUGCUCCCUACCCCGCGUCUCCCGUACCGAGCCACGACCGCUACCGGGCAUACUCGCACUACUACUACCAGGGACACCGGGGGCCCCAUCCRAGGACACCCCCCCAAUCCGGCUGGCGGGGCCGUGCCCCCGACGAGGGGUGCCCCUACYCCGGAUACGAGCCCGAGCACGACGAUAGGGAGGCCUACCGGGGCGAGGCCUAUGCCGGGUCCCUCGCGGACCGCGACCACCACCCUUCCCAGGCGUCGCCGCCGCCAUCGCACGGGGGGUCCCUCCCCUCCCCCGUGCCGUACCGCGGCCCGUCCCRGGGCCACCACCGCUCGCCCCUGCGCCACGGUUCCCACCCGCCGUCCCCGCAGCCGACCGCCUACCCUUGCCACGGGCCGCCGCACGCGUCCCCGUCGCUGCCCCCCUAUCCCCCGCCGUCCGCCUACGGCCACGGGGGCCGCUACCGAAGAGAGGCGGCCGCCUGCCCUCUGCCGGCCCCCCGAGAGGCCCCCUCCCGCAGGACGGCGCUCCACCGCAGGGAAGGCAACGCCUCCGCCCGGGGCAYCGACGACCUCUCUCCCUCCCGCCGACGGGACCUCAAGCGGCCCCGCCACGGCGAGGCCCACGCGGACGCGACGCUCUCCUCGGCGGUGAGCAAGUCCCUGACCCUGGACGAGCGCGUCGUGGGCAGGGAACGGGAGCAGCAACAGCAACAGCAACAGCAGCAACAACAGCGACAGCAGCAGCACCCGGGAAGCGCCUCCCCCGGCGGAUCCGGAUCCCCAAACCUGAUUUCUCCCUCCUCGAUGACGCAAUCGGGCCUGCACGCCCGGCGGCACGGUACGGACGCAGCAAGCCUCGACAAAAAGGUGGACAUGUCGGCGCUCUCGGGACUCGCGGCGCUUUCCACCGCUGCCUUUCUCAAGCUGGACGAGGACGACGGCAGCCCGUGAGCACGGAUUCCGUUCGGUUCUUUGCUCGUAUAUUCCUGUGCUGUGGCUCCCAUUCCACCCCGCCCCAAUCCGCGACGCAAACUAACCUCGGGGGGAAUCCCGGUUCCUUCGAUGGAAGAAGACGGAGAAGAUCUGUUUUGUUUGGCACAUGGUGUACACGUGUUGUUUUGAAUUUCUGCUAUUCACUAGUGUUUGGUAUAUGUAUCAUAAAAGUAAAAGAAAUAACAAUAGAAAUCGCUAACCAGU